AUGACCCACGAUGCCCCGUCUGACCUCCGUUACGUGCGGUACGACAGCGCGCGCGAGAGCGAGUACGUCGCCGCCAUGCGCCAGCUGAUCUCCAAAGAUCUGUCUGAACCCUACAGCAUCUAUGUCUAUCGCUACUUUCUAUACCAAUGGGGGGACCUCUGCUUUCUCGCUAUGGACGAGAAAGACGAGAUGGUCGGCGUUGUGGUGUCGAAGCUGGAGCCGCAUCGCGGCGGCCCACUGAGAGGGUAUAUCGCCAUGCUGGCCGUGCGCGAGGAAUACCGGGGUCGGGGCAUUGCGACGAAGCUGGUGCGCAUGGCAAUUGACGCAAUGAUUGAGCGAAAUGCAGACGAGAUUGUUCUCGAAACCGAAAUCACCAAUACCGCCGCAAUGAAACUCUACGAGCGCCUAGGCUUCCUACGGAGCAAGCAGCUGCACAGAUAUUACCUCAACGGCAACUCAGCCUACCGGCUUGUUCUCCUUCUUAAAGAAGGUGUCGGCUCAAUUCGAACGUCGUUCGACCCGUACGGCAUGCCACAUGCACCACCCGCCGACCAGCCUGCCCAUGCUGUUGCGGCCACACAGGGAAAUGGCAGUUGA